AUGGCCGAUGAAAUUGUCGAAAAAUACUCAAAUUUACAGUUGGAAGAUGAAGAAAACGAUCUGGUGGACCUCAGUGCGGUAGAUUCUACGGAAUCAGAUGAGAGGGUUUCUCUCAUGCUCGUGGGGAAGUUGUUGACAGAUAGGGCAUACAAUGUUGAAGGGUUUAAACGAACGAUGAGUCAGGCGUGGUCUUUGGUGGGGAAGGUGAUCAUUCGUACCAUUGGCUCGGGUAGAUUCGUCUUUCAAUUUUUCCAUUGGCGCGAUAAGGAGAAAGUAAUGGCGGGGAGACCAUGGUGUUUCGAGCAGUGUCUACUUAUACUCAAUGACAUCACAAGUAAUGAGCAGCCUAAUGCUGUAGUACUUAAUAACUCUCCGUUUUGGGUACGAAUUGAAAAUUUACCGUUUAAUUGUCGAUCGGAUGCUCACAUUAAAGCUAUUGCGGCAAACAUCGGGGGGUUGCUUGAAAUUGAGGAAGAUAUUUUAGGCCUAUAA